GCCCGUUAUCUGGCUGUGAGGAAGAGGAGGCAGAGACAGCCACAGCUCCCUGUUGCUGACGGGCUGAUCGAGAGGUUGUACUGUAUGUCUGUGUGGGAAUGAGCGUGUGUUUGUGUGUGUGCGUGCCAGUCUUUGACUGUGUGCAUGUAGAGGCUGCCUGAGCUGCAACUGGAGCGGCUGCUGCUGCAGUUGGUGAAUAAUGCAGACAGGGGAACCGGAGUUUGAAUAGCAUGCACAGAUCCAGAUUAAUAAUGCAUAGUGCCGGUUACGAGCUCUGCAUUAGUAAGCUUUUCUGAGACCUGUGGCUGCCUAUGAUCUGCCUGACUCAUUGACUUCCAACCUUCCUUUCUGCCUCCCUGACCAACGCAGAAAUGUCUCACUACCAUUUCAUCAAAUGUUGUUGUUUCCAGCUAUGUAACGUUUUCCGUCAGAACAUGGAGAUAGACCAGUGUCUGCUGGAGUCUCUCCCGAUUGGCCAGCGCCAGCGGCUAGUCAGAAGGAUGCGCUGCGAUCAAAUAAGGGCAUAUUACGAAAGGGAAAAGAACCUUCUGCGGCAGCAGGGGGGAGUCAAAGUUCAAGCCCCGUCCACCCACGGCAGGAAGCACCGCAUCCGCUUCAGGCACACCGAUGUCAUUAAAGAUGCCAUCAUUCGACAUGAUGACAAAGAAGUGUUGCGUCUCCUAAAAGAGGGAGCAGACCCCAGCACUCCAACUUCCUCAGGGGGAUCUUUGCUGCACCUGUGUGCCCGCCAUGAUAACGUGUUUGCAGCUGAGCUCCUGAUUGAGCGAGGCCUAAAUGUCAACCAGCAGGAUGAAGACCUCUGGACAGCCCUGCAUGUAGCAUGUGUGUGUGACCAUGCAGAUAUGGUGCUGCUGCUGCUGCUGGCCGGGGUUAACGUUUUGCUGCAGGACAUCAAUGGAAAUAUUCCUCUGGACUAUGCUUUUGAGGGGACAGAGACCAGCUAUAUCCUCCAAAAACACUUGGAGGAAAAUGGUGUAGAUGUGGCCUCCCUGCACACCAUGAGGACACAGAGACCAAGCACCAUGCUGGCUGAUGUUAAACAUCUUGUAACCACAGGAGGAACCCUUAACCAGUGUAAUGAUGAGGGGGUUACUCUGCUCCACAUUGCAUGUGCCAGUGGUUACAGAGAGGUGGUGUAUGUGUUAUUAGACAGCGGAGCAGACCCCCAUCCGGCUGACAACAACUUUUGGACCCCACUCCAUUUGGCUGCAAAAUAUGGGCAGGCAAGCAUCGUUAGCAAGCUCUUGAGGCACGGAGCAAACCCAACUUUGCUCAACUGUAACCAAGACAAGCCAUCUGAUCUGGCAGUGUCAGAACCCAUAGCAGAAAUACUGCUAAAUGCAGAGGAGAGCUGGUUGCAGAGACUGAAGGACCCCUCUGCCCCCCUAACUUCUACUGACCAACGCUAUGAUGAAGGCUCUCAUGACUUCAACACUCCUCUCAAGACUUUGAACCCGUUUGGUCUCUCAAUCUCUAAACGAGACAGUCUGCUGGAGAAGUGUGCCAUGUUCAGAGAGGCAGGUGGAGCACUAAGCCGACAGCACUCUCAGGAUAAUUGCCUAGAUAGUCCCUUUAGCUCUGGACCCAGCAAACUGGAGCAGGUCAAACUCAUGCCUCCAGCUCCCAAUGAUGACCUUGCAUCCCUCAGCGAGCUCACUGACAGCAGCCUGCUCUACGAGAUGCAGAAGCGCUUUGGCAACGACCAAAUCUAUACUUAUAUUGGACACAUUCUUCUACUCAUCAAUCCAAACAAAGAGCUCCCCAUCUAUUCCACCUUGGUGAGUCAGUUGUACCUGAGCUCCACUGGUCGCCUGUGCUCUUCUCUGCCACCUCACAUCUUCUCCUCAGCUGAGAGAGCGUACCACAUGAUGCAGCAGGAGAGACGCCCACAGUGUUUCAUCCUGAGUGGUGAGAGUGGUUCUGGGAAAACUGAAGCAUGUAAGCAUAUUGUGAGACACUUGACAGCACGCUCCAGCCCCAAAGGCUUUGGGUUAGAGCCCAGAAUGAAACACGUAAACUGUAUUCUGGAAGCCUUCGGUCACGCAAAGACCCCAAGGAACAGCAACUCAAGCCGUUUUAUCAAGCUGCUAACUAUCCAGUUUUGUGAAAAUGAAAGAACAAUACUGAGAGCCCACAUGUACACCUACAUGCUGGAGAAGACACGUCUAGUUCACCUACCGCCUCAGCAACAUAACUUCCGGAUCUUCUAUCUGAUGGCUGAAGGCCUUUCCCCAGAGGACAAGAGUGCACUUUAUCUCAAUAAUAUCCUGGCUCAUAGGUAUCUUACUAGACCAACUCCAGGAGAGAGCCCUCCUGUAGCCCCAGCUUCUGCCCAGAGCAGGGAGGAUCUGGCUGCAGUCAAACAAGCCCUGCGAGCCCUGGGCUUCAACAAACAGGAGGUUGACUCUGUGUUCACGCUGCUUUCUGCUGUUCUCCAUAUUGGGGACCUACGUUUCACUGCCCUCACAGAAGCCAAUUCCGCCUUUCUUUCUGACCUGCAGCUGCUGGAGAGAGUUGCUGGAUUGUUGCAGGUUUCCGCUAAUGAUUUAAGCACUGCCCUCACCUCUGACGUUCAGUACAUCAAAGGUGAUGUGAUUACGAGACGCCACACUGUAGAGAUGGCAGAGCAGUACAGGGACCAGCUCGCUAAAUCCAUCUACGGGCGCCUCUUCUACUAUCUGGUCAACAGCAUCAACGAAUACCUUCAUGGACAGGAUGACAGUGCUGGUGACCCUGCCAUGGAAAUUGGGAUCUUGGACGUGUUUGGGUUUGAAGAAUUUCAAAGAAAUGCAUUUGAACAGCUGUGCGUGAACAUGACCAACCAACGGCUGAGGCUGUAUGUCUCUGAGGUGCUCUUCCAGCAGGAGCAGGCUGAGUGUCUGCAGGAGGGUAUCACCAUGGAGAUCCCCCUCUCCAGCAACAGCCACGUCGCCGUGCUGGACUUUUUCCUUCAGAGGCCUCAGGGACUAUUGUAUGUGCUGGAUGAAGAGAGUCAGAGCUUACGGCCCGCAGAACAGACCCUUUACAAGAGGCUGUCCGCCCAGCUGGACUCUAGUUCAAUUUGUGGGCUUUCACUCACCAUGAAGGAUGGCAAUGGCAACCCUCCGCCCAAUGACCAGGGCCCAGCUUUUACUGUCAGCCACUAUGCAGGACAGAUUUCAUAUGACCUCACUGGAUCUCUGACCAAAAACAAGGACUCCUUCCCUCAGAAUCUUCUGCUUACAGUAAAAACCAGUGAGAGCGUGUUGCUGCAGCAGCUCUUCCAGUCCAAGCUGACUCAGACCGGUUCUCUGGUGCCGGCGGCCCAGCGCCGCAUUGCCCUGAGAGGGACUAAAGCAUCCUUGUUGCUCCAGAGGAUGCCAUCGGUCUCCCCUGUCAAUGCUACUUCUAUCCCCCAACGGCCCCGGAGAUACCGUGAUCUGACCAAGAUCUUGAAGAAAAAAGGCUCAAGUUCUUUCCUCCAACGACUGGAACGUUGUGGGCCAAUCACAGGGGCUGUCCAGCUGAGGAACUCACUUUCAGAGAUUAUGAGUAAACUGCAGUCUCGCACUCCCCAUUUUGUAGAGUGUGUGCGCCCUAACUCUAGUGGUCAGACAGACAAUUUUGACAGCUUCCACGUCUCUACUCAGCUUCAGUACAUCGGAGUGCUUGAUAUGGUGCGCAUGAUUCGCUAUGGAUACCCCAUCCGCCUGUCCUUCUCAACAUUCCUCAGCAGAUAUAAAGACCUCAUACUCCCAACUUUGGGAGACAAGAAGAAGUUGUCAGCUGAGGAAAAAUGCCGUUCCAUACUGCAGCAGUCCAAACUCCGAGGAUGGCAGAUGGGCAAUAGUAAAGUGUUUCUGAGAUACUGGCAGGCUGACCAGCUCAAUGACCGUUGUUAUCAGCUUCACAAAAAGAUCAUCACCUGUCAGAAAGUGGUCCGUGGCUGGCUGGCAAGGCAAUGGGUCAGUCACAGGCUGUCGCUGCAGCACAAAGAGGAGUGCAGUGUGCAGCGUUUCUUGCAGGGAGCCGAAGACAUGGGGCUACAGACCUACGACCAGCUGGUAAUCCAAAAUGCAUCUGACAUUGCACGGGAGAGCGACCGUCUGCGCUGCCAUGGCAAUGGCCAGCUCAACACCCUCAGUAGCAGCCCACCGCUUGGUGAGAGGCCUGAGCCAGUGGGCAAAGAGGAGGAUCAGCCAGUCAGGAGGAUGGUGGAGAAGAGCGGAAAAGUCCACGAGAGCCUUGUCAAUGGGGGAAGCAGAAUUAUUCGCCACUUUCGUUCUAGCUCAGUACCAAUUCCCAUCGCUGCGGACAGCAUGGUCCAUUUCUCUGCUAGUCCACCAGUCAAAUCAGCCUUGCAGCAGGCAGCUCAGAACAGUGAGGAUGGAGCAGGAAAUGCAAGUCUCUCCUCUCCUCGCAAGCAACCUCCUCCAAAACCAAAGAGGGACCCCAACACCCGCCUGAGUGCAUCUUAUGAAGCUGUUAGUGCAGGGUUGACGAUGGCCCCCAAAGAAAGCUGUACUCCAGAGGGGUCCACUUCACCGGCUGAAAGUCCCCCUAAAUCCCAGCUGUCGCCCAAUGACCCAGCAGCCAAGCCCCGUCCCCACAGUGAUGACUACACAACCAUAAGAAAGGUACCACCGCCCAAACCUAAGCGCAGCCCUAACACUAAGCUAAGUGGCUCAUAUGAGGAGAUUAAUGCUGUGGCACCCCAGCUCCACCAACUACGCCCUGCUGAUGUAAAGAUGGCCCUGCUUUCUCGCGGUGGGGGGUUCGGAGGAUUUAGUGGCCUGAUGCAAAGAGCGGCCUCUUUAGAUGCACCAAAAGGUGUCGCACUCAGCCUAUUCAAGGCCCAAGAUGAAGAAGAUGUAUACAUAGAAAUGGUAGGGUCCCAGCCACGGGCUCGGAGCCUCCAGGAGCCCCCUGACAGCCCCGAACUGGUCGACUCAGAAGCCGUCUAUGAGGAGAUGAAGUAUCUCCCACCUGAAGAUGGUGGAAUUUCUGCUCCUGCAAUCUCCAAGGCAGCCAAGCUGCAGGCUCUAACCUUGGGCCUGAUCGGACUAGGGUUAUCUUCUCCAAAAAGUGGGGAGAAAAAACAAACAGCAGCUAGUGCCAUUGCUGCUGUUGAUGUUUCUCACACACAGAGCCUGUCUAGCAGUGCUGCUCCCAAAGCUCUGCUUGGCAAAGAUGGCAGCUGUGACAUCCCUGCUCCCUUCCCCAACUUGCUCCCUCACCGUCCCCCUCUGCUAGUGUUUCCUCCCUCCCCUGUUACCUGUUCUCCUGCUUCAGAUGAGUCACCCCUCACCCCCUUGGAGGUAAAGAAGCUACCAGUGUUUGAGACGAACCUAAACUAUGCUACUGGCCCAGACAGUCCAUUGUCCCCACAGUUUCUACGCCAGAGGGCUGACUCUUCGCCUAGUCUUACAGUCCUCAUGCCAGACAAGAAGUCUACACCUCCACUUACUCCUCCACCUCCCCCUCCUCCCCCAAGCGCGCCACCUCCUCCCUACAGACCGCCUUCACACUUCCCCUUCCCACCUGAGGCCAACUUCCUGGCUCUGACUCGAGCAGCAUCUGUCACUGGGAGUGCAGACUUCCCCAAAAUCUCAUCACAAAGGGCAGGUGGCGAGCCACUGGGGAAACCACCUCCUUAUUCUCCUGUGAAGAUGUCUCGACCUGAGCCACGGAGGGCGCACUCAUGCUCAUCGUCACCGCUGCUGUUCAACCCAGCCAACGGCAGGCCCCUGACCAGCCCCCUAGAAGAGCUCAACACUCUGUUCAGCUCAGGACGCAGUCUGCUGAGGAAGUCAACACCUGCCCGCAAAAUGAAAGAUGGAGGAUUCAAUUGUAACAUCAAUCUGCCAGGCAGAGAAGAAAGUGGCUCUGCGCCCACUUCACCGUCUCUGCAACUGCAAGACAAGAACGCGAACAACCACUCUCUCCACUCCCCGAGCCCUGUCUCUGUAGAAAACGGCAACCAGAUUUCUAAUGACACCUAUCUGAAGAAGACAGCAGGAUCACUGGAGGAUGAGAGUCAGAGCAAGUCAAACUCCAGCAGCACCACCUCCCUGCACAGACAUUUGGACAGCCAUCACACUCAGUUGCGCCAGCGACUACGUCUAACCAACAGAGAUGAGAGCGCCACCCUCAGGGAGCUUUUGCGCUGGCGGCAAGUGCAGUCUGAGGGGCAGACUAGCUAUAAGCAGCAUCCACCUCAAUCCCCACCCCUGCCCCCCACACUGCUCUGGACCAAAAGGAAGGCCUCUCAUUGAUUCUGACACAGCUGUGGCAUCUGAAGUUACAUCCUCCAACUUUUCAGUCACAAUAACGACUUUUUUUUAUUUGUCGUAAUUUGAUGUGGGCCAACAACCUCAUUGCCCAUGGGCUAUGCUGAUGCCCUGAGCCCUAAAGCAUGAGCUUAGCCCCUGGGCUGAGGCUUCUGCUUCCUCUGUAUUUGCACUGACUGUGGAAGAUGCUCUACCUGAUGUGGCAUAAACUCAAUGUGCAAUGUGUGUAUAAAUACAUUAACAGCUGUUCCUGUGGAAGUGGGUUUUAUUUUAUGAUCAGAUAUUUUAUGUAUAAAAAAAGCAGACAUAUAAUAGAUUAAAUUAUUAUAACAUGUCUAUUUAUUUUCACCAAGAGGAUGAUGUCCAUUUAUUGGACGAUGAACCUAAGAGCAAAUCAGCAGCAUAUUUCUAGUGGUCAGAUCCUGAAUGGGCCUCUUAUCUCUCCAGUAUUCAGCCUAUAUAUUCGUGAAUUACUCCUGGCCACAAACUAGUUUACUCUCAACAACAUGGUGCUGAUAAUACUAACGAUGACAUGCUGUCUUGUGAUAUUCCAUUUAGUUCUUACAUGUGCACACUGGGGUUCUUGCAUGUGGAGUUGUGAAGUUCACAAGCAAACCCAACACCCAAGUUUUUAGCAUCCGUGCGGCCGGCUCAGGCAUGCUUGGGUCCUAAGUGCUUCUGUAGCUAUGGCAACAAGCUACCAGGGGUCAGGCUGACCUCAGUUUUAUCCCAAUGUGCACUUCUCUUCCUCCUUAUUUACCAGGCUUGAAUAAAAGCCCUCUGGCCAAAUUCUAAACCAAUGCACUUACCUUUAUUAGGAAAAGGAAGGGGCAAAUGUUUUAGCUGACAGGUAUGUAGUUCAUGUUGUGAACAUGAAACUCUGUGCCAAAGUGAUUCAAGUAAAAAUAUGGCUGAAGUAUUGUUAUAAGAUAUGAUACAAACUGUAGUCUCUUUAAUUCUUUCAUGUACAGACUGAUUAAAAUGAAUAAAUAAGAAGUGUUACCUCAGUUUAGUGAUUAUGUGGACUGAGAAAAACAUCAUAAAUACGAGGAAAAAAUGCAUUCUAAGUAGAACUGAACUCUCAUUGUGUCAUCACAUAAGCGUUGUUAGGUCAGAGCAUAUGAGGCCAGAUCUUUCUUGGGCUUAGAAACAAAAACAUAUAUUUUAAAGCAUAUCUGUCUGAAUCAAACAAACCCACAGUAAUAAUAAAGUUAAUUAUCAAAUAUUUGCUCAAAAAUACAUACGGUUUAUAUUCUGUUAUCUCUUCCUUCAGAUCAGAGGUGCUGCUUCAUCUACCAAUUUAGUUUCAUGAAGAGGAGAGACCUUCAUAUAGCAUGUUUUUGUAACGCCACACAUUAGUAAGAAGUGUUUAUUUUUCCGAGGCUUAACAACAAACCUUUUAAAUGUAGUUGUUUUACUCUGGAGUUUGCAUUUCCGAGCAUUUGUAUAAGAGUAUACAAUUAUUUCUUUAUUGUAUUUUACUGCUGCCACCAAUAAAUUACAAUAGAGCUGAAAUAGAAUUCAGAUUCCACCCAUAAAAUGUUUUUCAUAUUCAUAAAGUCAGUCUAUGUCAGUUAUUGAAAAUAACUUUAAAAUGGUUUAUGUGUGAUAUGGAAAUUCCAGAAUUGCAAGCUGCCCUGAGCCUCUAAUGUUUCAGGCUUCUAACAAUGCCCGUGUCCACAUCUGAUCAGGUUUGUGUGUUCAGUGUCAUUUAGGAGAGCUCACACACAGAUCAACUGGACUUAUGUACAGAUUCCUCCACUGUAUGCUUGUCGUCCAGUCACCUCUAACCCAAACCAGCUCAACCCUUUCCGCCCCUCCUCUAAUGGAAAAAACUGGCUUUACGGGUGUUUCCAUGGUAAUGUCAGUAUAAAUAGUGACUGGUGUUUUAAGUCCUUUGCUUUUAUCAUCUCAGCACAGAGACUGAGAGGAAAGACAAAAGACACAGACUAGGUGUGAAAAUUCAGUUCAUUUUGACGACACUGAGACUGAAGAAUGUUUUUGGGUUUGAUGCAACGACUGAGAAACUGGAAGAGAUUUAUUUUAAAAAAGUGAAUAUCUUCUUUCUUUUACGAUGACUUGUCUGUUAUUGUUUAAUUAUUUUACCUAUUUAUUAUCCCCUCUUGAUCCUGUUGCUCCGCUUUAUUUUUAUUAUCACCUGAUGCAAGCUGGUUUGAUUUAAAUAUUUACACAGUUGUUUACUGCACAAUGUUUACGUGGUGUUGUAGUUGACCUCUGCAUUGGGUCGGGCAUGUUUCGGCAAGCCAUUUGAUCUUGGGAGAUUGGUCUGAUUGGUUAAAGAUGCUAAGUAUCUGUAGCCCUAAUUGAUUUCUCAUUGCCAAUGAUUCAGCUUUGCAAAUUUGUGGCACAAACGUGCAAGAGGACUUAGGGAUCACCACCGACAUUAACAACAGUCUUUUGACUGAAAGUCUAAAUGCAAAUUUGUAUUCCACCAUCUUUUAGUGUCACUAAUAUUCUUUGUAGCUUUGUGGAUUAUUACUGGACUGUGCUCUUGCUUCUAAAAAGAAUAUACUUGACUGCUUAAUGUGAAUUAUGUCUUCAAACGUUAUGUAUGCAGUUCAUUUUUAAGUGACGUAACCAUGCAAAAAUGCAGAUUUACUUCAUCAUGGACAGCUUGCGUGCUGCAGGAGAACAACAAACAUUGUUGAGGAACAAAUCUGAUGCAAAGAUCAAGCUGGUGAACUCUGUUGAUGUCCUAAAAAGGAAAAAACCCGCCAUUCCUUAUGAGCAGCGUUCGGGGUUAGCUGUGCAAUUUUUGUGUAUACCCAUAAACCAAGAAAUGAGGCUUUUACCUUGCAUGAUCAAUAUGUUUGGACUCUCCAUACCACCCACAUGUUGGGGAAAAAAAUACAGACUAUCCAAUGUAAAGAACAGUUUUUCACCACACUGUGAAUCCUUUGUCCUCCUUUCCCAGAUUAAAAUACUAAGCUCUGGCAGGCCGAUUACUGCCAUUCCUCUCUGUUCGUCAGGAAUCUAUCAGUUGUUUCCUCUGAGAUCAGCUUUCUGGUGCUACAGCCAGCGUUAAAUGGCAAUUCUCUUCCAGUAAUUCUAUUAUUUCACCACCUAAAUAAGGGGUAUGUCAAUCCUUCUUUUGUACAUGACAUACAAUAUAUUUUCAUUUGCAUAUGAAUGUGUUUGUGGAAAGAAAAAAAAAUGAUUGUGGUAUUUCAUAAAUAUUAUCCCAAUAUUUUAUAAUUCUGUCCCUGUACAGCAAUAAAGCACAAUUGUGUCAACAUUA